AAGGACGGGGAAAGAUUUCUCGGCUUCGCCACGCCGUCCAAGUUCCCCUCCCCGUCCAAGCCCGAUGCGUCACCCAGACUCGUCGCCACCUGGUCCAGCAUUUCACCCCGAAAGAGGUCGUCCCCGUGUGCCAAGGAUCACAUCCACCUUAACCCAGCACUGUUUGAUGAGAGCUGCCUCUUAGAGCUUCCAUCCGGGAGCCGAUCCCUGGCCGCAGAAAGAACCUUUUCUAUUUUAGCUGAAGACCUGGCAGUCUCUCUAACCAUCCCAUCGCCUCUUAAAUCCGACAGCCACCUCAGCUUCCUGCAGCCAGCGGACAUUAGCAGACCGAUAGUGUCCACUCCAGACAGUGUUAUCAGUGCACACAUCAGUGAGGAUGCCCUGCUGGACGGGGAGGACGCUACAGAGCAGGACAUUCACCUGGCCCUGGAUAACUCCAGCUGCAGCUCUAGAGAAAGCACGACCUCAGAGACGCCCGCUCCUGCCUUCAAGCCCCACGUUCCCAUGCAGGCGCUGGUGAUGGAGAAGUCCAACGAUCACUUCAUCGUCAAGAUCCGUCAGAUCAACUCAGCUGCAGAAACCACCCUGAUCGCUGAAGAGAGCUUAAGCAAGACGUUGAUAGAAGAAGGUCAGCCGUCUGAGGAAGAUGCAGCCGCUUCUCAGGAACGUCAGAACGAUAGCGGUCGCUGCAUGGUCCCACCUUCAGAGAACCAGAUCCAUCUCACCCAGAGCCCUGAGGUUCGUCAGCCAGACUCCAGAUCAGACACCCAGGAACCGGCAGUGGCUCCAGUCAGCCAUUCAUCCAACCAAGAACCAGACACCCCAUCUGCGAAGACGCCAGCAGAGGACGGUUAUAACGCCACGUCUCCGAGUCCCCACAGUGGAACCGUCACAGAUGGAGAGAGGACACAGCUGAGAGUAGAAGUGACUCCCCCUAAAGCACAGCACAAAGCAAGCGCUUCCAUGGCGUUUAUGGACGACGCCAACGUGUCCGAGUCAGAGAGGAGUCUCACCAUCGACACGAGCAGCUCGUCAGAGAAGACCACCAGAGGCCGCGACCCGCUCAGGAAACGGAAAAGAGGCCAGGAUAAACUGAAAGCCAAGCGGUCUAGAAAGGAGGAGAGUCAGAAGGAGGCUCAUCCCACCAAGAACCUUUCACCUUCAGCUCUGUCCCCCAGCAGCCUGUCCGCCAAGAACAUCGUCAGGAAGAAGGGCGAGGUGGUGAUGGCGUGGACCAGAGAUGAAGAUCGAGCGAUUCUGAUGAGCCUGAAAACCAAAGGAGCUUCCAGGGAGACGUUUUCUACACUCUCAGAGAAACUGAACAAGCCAUCAGAGCAGGUGAGUCCAUCUACUCUCCCUCCAGCUAAUUUAUCCCCCCACUGUCCUGGAAUCACUCAGAGAUCUUAA